UAUGCGGCGAGAAAAUUCCAUUUUAUAGACCGUCCGUAUAUUUUUAAAAACUUCGUCUUUUUCUUCAGUCGUGAAUUUGUCUCCCGCCCUCCCUUUCAACGUAAUUUCCUGAUCCUUCUCUUUUUUUAUUUUUCAUCAAAGUAAUAAUUUUUCUAAUAAAAUUAUGCUUCGUCAUCGCUUAAGGACUCGUCGGCCCUGCUAUCUUCUUUAUCCGCGACGGUUUUCCUCCUCCUCUAAAAACCCCAUCGAAUGCCCUAACAAUCUCAAUAAUUCCUUUCCCGUCCCUUCCCGAUCGCCGCAACCGCAAAUUUUUCAAAAUCAUCUUUCAACUCUCCCUUCCAAAACCACCUCUUUUUCUCGAAAUUCCGUUUUGGCCCUCUCCGCCACCCUCCUCUCCGCUCUUGUCGCUUCCGUCGCUGUCUUUUCCGCCAAUAAAGGCAACGAAGCCUACGACGCUAACCCUAACCCUAGAAAAAGCCCUCUUUACGAAUCAAUUGAGCACACGAUCCAUAAAUCAAAUGAGUCCUUCAAGAGGAUCGUCCAUCACGCGAAACAAACCAGCGUCGCUGCCUCUGUUUUGUGGCAAUCGCUCAGGUCGGUGAUGUCGUCCGCAAACGACGAAGUUCGGGCAGGGUUCGAGCUUCGCGUAGCGUCAUUUCUUGCCGACAUUGCCGCCGCCAAUGCUAGUCGAAGGAAGGCUAUCGUGAGCGCCGGCGGCGGCGCGGUGGUUGACUGGCUGCUGGAGACGGUAGCAGUGGGAAAACCGGAUGUUAUCAGCACUCAGGCCGAGGCGGCGAGGGCGUUGGCUUACCUAAUUGCGGAUCCCGACGUGCGCAAAGACGUACUUGGAAGAGCAGGUGCCAUCCCCUAUUUGUUGAGGUUCAUUUUUUCAUCUCAACCUCAAAAUAAAUCUAAAAGACAUCCGGGACGUAGUUCAUUCGAUAUUUCUGAUUCUUUGAAAGGUAGAAGUAUGCUUGUGGCUGCUAUAAUGGAUAUUGUUACAUCCAAUUGUGACAGUGUAGAAAGGGCAUCUUUUAAGCCUUGGUUACCAGGGAAUGCGGAAAUGAGAGAUAUUGCAGCAGCCAUUCAAGUUAUUGAGGAAGGUGGCAUGCAUUUAGACGAGGGAGAGAGAAAUGAUGACAAUGAUGGGGGAAGAGGGAUGAAGGGGAUUGGGAUUAAAAUUCUUGAAGGAACGACUGUUAUAGGGCUGUCGAGAACAAGUGAGUAUAUGAAGUUAGAUCAUUCAAAUGUUACCCGUGUGGCAUUAGAUAGGGAUACUUCGAAAACACUUACUUUGUUGAAUAAGCAUGACAGUUCGGUGGGACAAGCCAAUUUGUCUGCUGCUGUUGUUCCUGGUCUUUGGGAUGAUUUGCAUUCCCAGCAUGUUGCUGUGCCUUUUGCUGCAUGGGCAUUAGCCAACUGGGCAAUGGCAUCGGAGAUCAAUAGGUCCCAUAUUGAAGAACUGGAUCGAGAUGGAGAGGCUGUCAUGACUGCUUUGCUAGCAGCUGAGAGAUCUGUGAAAUGGCAUGGUAGCUUGGUGGCUUGGUUGUUAUUGGAAGAUCAUAAUCUUCCCUUAAAAGACUCUGUCUCUGAUUGGGCCUCCAGUCUUCUUUCUACUGCUUCACAUGCAAGCGAAAAUGAAGACAUUUCCUUAACUCAAAUAGCUUUAUCUGCUUUAAUAGUUGCUGUUGAGAGGAGCCAGGAAGCAAGGAGGACUGUGAUGGAGAAGGGUCUUGAGCUGAUGAGAGUCACUGCAACGAGGACAGCAAAGCAUCAGCAGGUUCAAGAAGCUCUGGCAAAAGCUUUGGAAUUGCUCUCAACUGAGGACAUGCAUUUAUCUCUUGAAGAAAGUCAAAAGUGGUCUAGUAUAUUGCUUUCUUGGGUUUUUGGAAAAUCUUCCUCCAAUGCAAUCCUAUCCUCUGCCAUAAGAAUUCUUUCAUGCAUUCUUGAAGCCCACGGCCCAUCUACUGUUCCAAUUUCUCAAGGAUGGUUAGCUCUUCUGCUAAAUGAUAUCCUGAUUUCCUGCAAGGCAUCAUCUAUUAAAGGAGGCACUCAGCCUAAGAGUAACAAAGUAAAGACUCAGAUCGAUCAGUCUAACAUUCUUUCAGCCGCACAGACUGUUAAUCAAUUAGCAGUUGCAGUCGUUAAUCUGGCUGGCAAUCAGUUGGCCGAUUCUGUCGAUACCUUCCUACUGGCAGAUCUUCUUUCUCUUGAACCUUUUGCUGGACCAUUUAAAAAUCUAAAGAAAGAUAAUCCUCCAAAGUUUGAUGUUGCAGAUUCUGCAUUGGCAACCCUCAAGGGGAUCAAAGCACUGACUGAAAUUUGUGUUGAAGAUUCUUUAUUACAGGAUAAAAUUACUGAUUUGGGGGUCCUAUGUUUGCUAAGACGCUCUUUGUUACGUGAUGAUUAUGAGAAACUUGCUGCAAUAGAGGCUUAUGCUGCAUCUAGAGCGCCUGAGGCCAAAGAAAGGGUUUCAAGUAAUGCUGGUGAGUCAUCACCUUCAAAAACAAACAAUCCAUCUAGCGUCCGAGUCCCACCUACUGCUCACAUUCGGAAGCAUGCAGCUAGACUGUUAACCAUUCUUUCACUCCUUCCAAAAGUCCAGAAAGUCAUUGCAGCUGAUGAAACUUGGUGUAAAUGGCUUGAGGAUUGUGCUAGUGGGAAGAUAUCAGGCAUCAGUGACCUUAAGAUACAAAGUUAUGCUAGGGCCAUUCUGUUAAAUGUAUUUUGCAAUCAGCGAAUUGGUAUUGACUCAGUAAAUAGUGUUCCUGAAACUAGUAGCAGAGAGGGAACAAGCAUUUGCCCACGUUAUGAUGACAUGAUAUUCUUAAUUAACCCUGAACUUCCCCAUUGGAAGUGUCCUGGAAAAGACCAAUCCUCUGUUCAGAAAGACAAGUCUCUUUUGAGUGAGGUUGAUUCCAUGAACAGUGAUAGGACAACUGUAACCCAAGUUUCAGAUGUUGCUGACUCAUCCAGUUCUUUUAAUGUAUCUAAUAAUGAUUCCGAAUCAGAGAUUCCUCAAAUGGAUAUUGUCUUUGUACAUGGGCUACGUGGUGGGCCUUAUAAAACUUGGCGCAUAGCUGAGGACAAAUCCUCAACUAAGUCUAGCUUGGUAGAGAAAAUUGAUGAAGAAGCAGGGAAGCUUGGGACAUUUUGGCCAGGUGAAUGGCUUUCAGCUGAUUUUCCUCAAGCUCGCUUGUUUUCCCUGAAAUACAAGACAAACUUAACACAGUGGUCCGGAGCUUCCCUGCCUCUUCAGGAAGUUAGCUCCGUGCUACUAAAGAAGCUGGUUGCUGCAGGCAUUGGGAAUCGGCCUGUUGUUUUUGUGACGCACAGCAUGGGAGGUCUGGUGGUCAAGCAGAUGUUACAUAAAGCAAAGGCAGAAAAUAUGGAGAACCUUGUGAACAACACCAUUGGAGUUGUGUUCUAUAGCUGCCCACAUUUUGGCAGCAAGCUUGCUGAUAUGCCCUGGCGAAUGGGCCUUGUGUUACGUCCGGCUCCAACUAUUGGGGAACUGAGAAGUGAUUCUCCACGACUUGUAGAACUUAAUGACUUUCUUCGUCACCUUCAUAAGAAACAGAAGCUCCAAGUCCUUAGUUUCUCUGAGACCCAGGUCACACCAAUUGUUGAAGGCUAUGGUGGAUGGGCCUUACGUAUGGAAAUCGUGCCAAUUGAAUCGGCCUAUCCUGGAUUUGGUGAACUUGUUGUAUUAGAGUCAACAGAUCAUAUAAAUUCAUGCAAACCGCUCAGCCGCUCUGAUCCUUCAUACACAGAAACAUUAGAAUUCUUGCGUAAACUUAUAGCUCAAUAUACAUGAAGAGAAAUUUAGUCUUAUACUCAGCAAUAGGCAUCAUUUCUCUCUCUCUCUCUCUCUUUUUAAUCUUAAUGAACUUCAUAGUCAUAGAUACCGGAGUUAAUUUGAUUUUUGCUUGGAAGCUGGCGGAAUCAAAUAUUUCAUUCAGGAGCAAAUCGGCUGUGGAUCAGAUAACUAACCUUUAGGAGGCGUUUGGAUGGACGUUUGAUGGUUUUUGAUUUAAUAAACAUUUAUCAUAGGCAUGAUAAUUAUUGCGUUUUUUUUGAACAAAAACGUAGUAUUUGACACUUAAUUUUUACUGCGAGUCUUUGAAUAGAAUUGCAAUAUUUUUUUUCAUCUAUUUGACUUGAUAGUUUUUGAUUUAAUGAACAUUUAUUAUGGGUUUGUCGGUUAAUAUAUAUUUUUGUAA